UGAUCCUUGACGUUUCGUUAAGGCGGCGCUACUUGGAUGCCGGACCCAAUGGGGUCCAGCAUUGCUUCAAAGCGGCCCACUUCAUUGAAACUGCCAAUGUGAACGAAAACAGCUCUGGACAAGAACAUUUGAGCUGUCCUUACAAGAUGGAAGGCGACAAGAACGAAGCCAAAGGUAAGGUGGGCGACCAAGUGAUGCAGAACCCACAAGCACUGGCGGCUCUUCAGGACAGACUAGACAGCGUCACACACACUCCUUCUGUUAUGGACAGUUUACCCGCAUCUGUCAAGAGAAGAGUCAACGCCUUAAAGAAUCUACAGGUCAAGAGCGCGCACAUAGAAGCCAAAUUUUACGAAGAGGUGCAUGAGCUAGAGAGAAAGUAUGCUGCACUCUAUCAGCCACUGUUUGAUAAGAGGAAAGAAAUUGUAACGGGUGCAGUGGAACCUACAGAUGAGGAGUGUGAAUGGCAGAGUGACCAUGAGGAGGAAGAGCUGGCAGACGAGCUACAGAAGAAAGCCUCUAUAGAGGAGCCGAAGGAGGAGGCCGCUGCCGAGGAGAACCCCAAAGGAAUUCCGGAAUUCUGGCUCACCAUAUUCCGCAGUGUGGACAUGCUGAGCGACAUGCUUCAGGAACACGAUGAGCCAAUACUUAGACAUCUACAAGACAUAAAAGUAAUAUUUUCUGGUCCUGAUGAGCCUAUGAGUUUUACAUUAGAGUUUCACUUUGAACCUAACAACUACUUUAAAAACACCGUCCUCACAAAAAUGUACAAGAUGAAGUCUGAACCAGAAGCUGAGGAUCCGUUCUCAUUUGAAGGGCCGGAGAUUAUUGACUGUGAGGGAUGUGAGAUUGACUGGUGCAAAGGCAAAGAUGUUACAGUCAAAACAAUCAAGAAGAAGCAGAAGCACAAGGGCCGGGGCAUCGUAAGGACGGUCACUAAACAAGUGCCCACUGACUCCUUUUUCAACUUCUUCAACCCCAUUAAAGUUUCUCCAGAUAGUGAAUUGGAUGAGGACUCUGAGUUCACUCUAGCCACAGAUUUUGAAAUUGGCCAUUUCUUCAGGGAGAGGAUAGUACCAAGAGCUGUGCUGUACUUCACUGGGGAGGCGCUGGAGGAUGAUGAGAGCUUUGAGGAAGAAGAGCUUGAUGAGGGUGAAGAGGAGGACCAAGAUGAUGAAAUGGAUGAAGAGGAGGAGGAGGGAGAUUCUAAGGCAUAAGUCAUUUCUCACCUCAUGCAUUUCUAGAGUGGGGAGGCCCAACCUGCAGAGUGCAAACAGCAGUAAUAGAGAUUCCUCUACUGCCACCUACAGUAACUCAAACUGGAACCUGCUCGGCGUCGCCUGAUUUCUGCAGAGCACAGCCGUCCUCACAAAGCAACAGUGAAAAACGUCAACAGACAACAGAAUAACACGUUGCAUGACUUAUGUGAAAAUUUGUCCUGCCCACUUUUCAUUUUCCCCAUGACUGUAUCUGUGGACGGAGGGUGUUAUGAACUGUGGGUAGGACAAAACUACAAAACUACAAAAUUCUGUUAACAGCUGUGGGUUAUUGAAUUCUGAGCAAACUGCCGAUGUUCUAGAAACGUUUCGAUUUCUUGAUCUUCUUUUCAAAUCCAACAACACAUUCCAGAGGCCCUUGUAUUGGAAUGAAGAGUCAGUCCCAAAGUUGAUUGAGCUAAUUUAACUUUUUUGACGUGGUAUCAUAGUUUACUCAGGGUUUUUUAUGCCAAGAAGACGUGAGCCUACUCCGUUGUGAAACCAUUGAUGAGAAAUUAAACCCACUUAAAAGUUUUUUCCAUUCCAAAAAAAAAAACUUUUUAAAUCUAGUUCCACUUUCUCUGAAGUUAUUUAUAUGAGUUUUGCUUUUUUUAAUGGUUUUCAACUAGACAGAUUGUUCUUGCGGCCCUGGUGGACCUCUGCGAGAGCGUGAGAGAGUGGUCUCUCUGCUGUAUGUACUGUGCCCUGUGGAGUUUGCCUCUGCCCCCAGCAUUUAACAACAAUGCUGUUGCUUUACUGCCCCAAAUGCUUACUAAAGAAUUAAACAUGAAUAUUGCCAAAA